UCAACAUGGCGAACGUGCGUGACAGUGAUACUUCGUUGUGGCUUCACAAUAAACUCGGAAUUUCGAAUGAUUCUUGGACCGGAGGCUCAAUUUGUUCUCAACUAAAUGCCGAGGUUUUGAGGAACAUCAAGGACUGUUUUCCGGACUUGCAAACCCAGGUCAAAUUGAAAUUGUUGCUAAGUUUCUUCCAUGUCCCGCGCAGAAAUCUCGAGGAGUGGAAAUUGGAACUAGAACAAAUAUUAGAUGUAGCACUCCAAGAUUCUGAAUUGUGGGUCGCUAUGAUAGCUGAUGCUUUGAAAACAUAUCCGUCAACAGGUUCACUUAACACAGAAAUAACAGAUGUUGACGAAGUCAGAUCCAUAUUUAGUGACUUACUAUCAGAUCUAAGAAAACAUGUUCGGAAACAGAAUGAACACACAAUUUUACCCAUGGAAUGCCAUUACCUGAACAAAAAUGCCUUAAUAUCAGUUGUAGGUCAUAAGCCUGAACCAAUAAAACAUUUUACUAUAAAGAAAAAGCCAAAAUCAGCAUUGUUAAGGGCCGAUUUGCUCCAGAAAUCUUCAGAUGCAGCUUCCAAUUUGAAAAAAUCAAGUGCUCCAGUUAUACCAGUAAGAUCUAGAGGCAUGCCUAGGAAAAUGACAGAUACAACCCCACUUAAAGGAAUACCCAGUAGGGUUCCUACAUCAGGCUUCCGUACCAGUGCUUUAAGUAGUAACAUGACUAACAGACCAUUAGUAAGACCACCGGCAGGUCGUAAAGAAGGUGGAGUUAAGUUAUUAGACAUAGCAGACCAGCCUUUAGGCUACACAGCGACAAAGAAAAGAAAGAAGCAGCAAGAAAUGGAAGAGAAUCAAGCCAAGAAGGCACAGCAAGAGAAUGCCCUCCAAAGUCCUCCUCCGGUCAAAGGGGAAACGCCUACAACCCCAGAUUAUGCUGCUGGACUUGGGAAUACCACGCCUGCAUAUGCUCCGGCUACACCACAGCCAACUGUUGCUCCUACAGGUGCGAGUUUAUCUGCUUUGACCGCUCCCGCCACGCCGGCAACGCCAGCUCCUCCGGCCACGCCCAAACCGGCAACCACGCAAUUACCGGCUCCUGCGUCAUCGACGGCGCAGAUGGCAACUCUCACACCAAUCACGCCGCAGACAGCUUCCCCCACCACUCAGUUAUCCAGUCCUCCACCGCAAGUGCAACAUAUCCAAAUACAAACUCAGCCACAGCAACAGGUUGUGUCACCACAAAUUGUUACACCGCAAUAUAUCACUACUCAGAACCUGAGACCUGUGCCUCCAUUGUUGGCAACCACGCCAAGUGGUCAAAGAACCAUCAUUACAACAGAUCAAGCUACUGGUAUCCAGACCCAACAGAUCAUCACUGGUACGCCUGUGGUUGUGACACAGAGGCCCGCCCAACAGCAACAGACUGUUACACAUAUCCGGAUACAGCCUCAACCUGCUACGAACUUCCAAAGGCGAGGAUUGGCGCUUACGCGCGAACAAAUGUUGGAGGCCCAGGAUAUGUUCCGCACAGCCAACAAGGUCACCCGGCCGGAAAAAGCCCUCAUUCUCGGUUUCAUGGCCGGCUCAAGGGACAACCCUUGCCCCCAUCUGGGCAACAUAGUCACCAUCAAACUGUCCGAAGACCAGGAAAACGUCUUGCAGCCUGAUGAUACCUACGUGUCCAUGAUGGUGGAGACGCACUUCCAGAUGAACUACAACAACGGCGAGUGGAAGAGGAUAAAAAAGUACCGUCACGUGAGCAACGAGAUCGAGCACGUGCAGCAGAACCAGGCCGCGGCCGCUUUGGUAUGAUUGAAAACGAAUAACAGCGCGGUUGGUUGAACGUGGAAAGUGGAAAGGCCCUGUAUAUAAAAGGAAUCGAGAUGUGGAGAGUGUAAUAAGAGUAAGUCUGGAGAGACUGAUGUUUUGCGAGAAAGAAAAAGAGUCAACUUUUGUAUAGGAACCUUUAGUUGGUUUUAGAGAAAAUAUUUUUUGUUGGAUGCGGUUUUUCUUCAUCAAAAACAAGAAUUUAGGUUAUUUUAUUAUGUGUGUAGUAAGAAUAAACCUUUCGAGUUACACCUAUACAGGGUGUACGAAAAAAUUCACAGUAAGUUUGGAAAAAUUUUAUAUUAUUGAGUUAUUGACAAUAGGUUUUUUUUAUUCAGCUUGUGUAAUAGUUAUUAUUUCAUUAUUUCAACUUGUGUAAUAUAACGAAAAAUCAAUUUGGCACACUAUAUCAUGCAACAACUGUCAUGGCGGCUGAUUAUAAAAAUCUCCUUUAUACAGUAUGUCCCCGGAUUGUCUUUAGAAGAGGAAAAACUUUUUAAUUAUUGACGUUUUGAGAAAAAUGCAUUCAUCAUAAAAAAAUUUGCGUGUUGUACAAUGGUUAAUCCCG